GCCAAGCGGAGCUGGGGCUCAGCCAGUUAGUUGUCUGCAACAUGUCGUGCCAUGCUGGUGGCGGAAGUGGCGUUCGCUGCCUGCGCUAUCCUGCCGGAGGGCAUGGCCGCUAUCAGGGCAAGUGGCUGAGGAAUCAACACCACGGCUUUGGGGUAAAGUCGAGCGGACGCGGCUUAGUGUACGAGGGGCAGUGGCAGCGGGGCCAGCGUCAUGGAUACGGAACCAUGCGGCGCGAGUCACCCGAUGGUCAGGUGCAUCGCCUCUAUGUGGGCCAGUGGCGCCAGGACAGGCGCAGCGGCGAGGGCAAGCAGUAUUACGACGAUGGAUCCGUCUACGUUGGCCAGUGGCAGAUGAACAAGCGACAUGGACGCGGCAUCCAGUGGUAUGCGGACGGGCGCAUCUAUUUGGGGGAAUGGCUCCAGGAUGUCAUGCACGGACGGGGUGUCCUCUUCUCGGCAAACGGAAAUCGCUAUGUGGGGGACUUCGAGGAGGGCUGCAAGUCAGGCGCUGGCUUCUUCUACCACGGACAGGACCGGAUUCAGUUUGGCCAGUGGGUCCAAGACAUCUGCAAGAGUUCGCUGCUGCCUCUGCUGAGGGAAUGA